AUGGCUGAAACAGCUUCAUUGAAACACAACCGAGAUGAAGAAACCCUAGACAAAGAAGAAACGACUAAACGUCAAAAGCUCUCUUCAUCAUGUUCUUCCUCUUACAACGAACAGAUUCUCUGUCUCCUCAACGAUUCAGACGAACUUAACCAACCCAACAACGACCUAACUUCCUUUAUAAACGCUCUCCAACAAGAAAUCUCAUCAGAUGACCCAAACACCGUUGUUUCGGGAACCUCCAGCGCCGAAAAUUCGUCGAAUUCUUGCGCUUCCUCGAAGGAAGACGAAGUCGACGAUGACAACAAGGAGAAAGUGAUGCAACAUCUUUUGGAAGCUUCCGAUGACGAACUCGGGAUCCCUAACACCGAAUUUGGCGGGAGUAAUUAUGAGAUGAUUAAGAAUGAUAUUAACCAAGAUUACGUAUAUGGAAAUAGUUUGCCAGAUGGGUUCGGUGAUGCGUUUUGGGAGCUUGAAGAUGAAGCCGCUAAUUAUUACACGUUGCUUCAGUCUGAGCUGUUCUUGUAG